AUGAAUGGCCAGGUCACUCCUCCUCUUGAUACCCUGUUCACCAACGGUGCUGAGCAGGCCUUCAUCCCCAAAAACAUGAAGGCUGGGCCGGGAGCCAGUGCCCCCUCCAAGCCCCAGGCAGAGGUAGCCGCACCCUCCAGAGCGGGGAGCAUUGCAGGGGUGCGUGUGGAGGCCUCGGGGCAGACGCUGAGUGUCUAUGCUGCCAUGAAGCGRAGCCUGCUGCCCGCAGGGCUGGGGUUGGCUCUGCUGGAGGCCCAAGCAGCCACUGGGGGCCUGGUGGACCCCGCCCAGGGCCAGCUGCUGCCCGUGUCUGAGGCCCUGCGGCAGGGCCUGGUAGGGCUGGAGCUGAAGGAAAAGCUGCUGGCUGCCGAGCGCGCGGUCACUGGCUAUCCUGACCCCUAUGGGGGCGAGAAGCUGGCCCUCUUCCAGGCCAUCAGGAAGGAAGUUGUCAACAGGACCCUGGGAUGCCGCUGGCUGGAGGCCCAGCUGGCCACUGGGGGCCUGGUGGACCCCGUCCAGGGCAUGCGAGUUGCCCCAGCACUAGCCUGCCAGAAGGGCCUCCUGGACCAGGAGACGUGGCUCAGUCUGGAUGGGCAGGAGCCCAGCAUGGACACCCCGGGUUUCCUUGACCCCAACACACUGGAGCCGCUGCCGUACUCCGCCCUUCUGGGCCGGUGUGUGGAGGACCCUGGCUCAGGGCUGGCCCUGCUGCCACUCAAGACCACCUUCCAUACCCUGUGUGGGGCGGCCAGUGUGGCUGAGCUGCUGGAGGCCGGGGUCCUGGACCAAGAGACAGUCCAAGGCCUGCAGGAGGGCACACUGACAGAGCCCGGUGUGAGUGCUCGCCCGGAGGUGAGGCGCCACCUGGAGGGCACUGGCGGUGUGGCAGGGGUCGUCCUGCUGCCUGAAGGCCACAAGAAGGGCUUCUUCCAGGCUGCAGCCGAGCACCUGGUCCCCAUGGGUGCUGUACUCCCGCUCCUGGAAGCUCAGGCUGCCACCCACACCCUGGUGGACCCAGCGACGGGCCGGCAGCUGUAUGUGGACGAGGCGGUCAGGGUCGGCCUGGUGGGCCCAGAACUUUAUGAGCAGCUGCUGGUGGCAGAGCAGGCCAUGACUGGGUACCAGGACCCCUUUAGCAGCUCCCGCAUCCCCCUCUUCCAGGCCAUGAAGAAGGACUUGGUGGAAAGGUCGCUGGCCCUGCGCCUCCUAGAUGCCCAGCUGGCCACGGGUGGACUGGUCUGCCCUACCCGUAGGUUCCGGCUACCUCUGGAGGCUGCCCUGCGUUUUGGCCUCCUGGAUGAAGAGACUUGGCAGCACCUCUCCCAGGCCACGGGCUUCUCAGACCCCAGCACACACAGCAACCUGUCUUACGGGCAGCUGCUGGCCCYCUGUGUCACUGACCCAGAGACGGGGCUUGCCUUCCUACCUCUCCCUGGGGGACACCGUAGAGAGGUGCCCCAGGGACCCCCGUUCAUUGGCCACCACACUCGGAAGGCCUUGAGUGCAGCCGUGACCUCCGUCUCUGUGGGGAGGUUCCAGGGCCGGCCCGUGUCCCUCUGGGAGCUGCUGUUCUCUGAGGCCGUCUCUGUGGAACAGAGGUCAAGGCUGGCCCAGCAGCACCAGGAAGGGACCCUCGCAGUAGAAGAGCUGGCAGCAGAGCUGAAGGCCACCAUUGAGCAGGCUGAAGCCACAGCCAGGGUCACCUUUAUUGGACUGAGGGACACUGUGACUCCGGGAGAGUUGCUGAAAGCGGAGAUCAUUGACCAGAAGCUCUAUGAGCAGCUAGAACAUGGGCAGACCUCAGCCCACGAGGUGGGCAGCCUGGACUCUGUGCGGAGGUACCUGCAGGGCACGGGCUGCAUCGCGGGCCUGCUUCUGCCCGGUUCCCAGGAGCGCCUCAGCAUCUACGAGGCCCGCAGGAAGGGACUUCUCAGGCCCGGCACUGCACUCAUCCUCCUGGAGGCCCAGGCUGCCACCGGCUUCAUCAUCGACCCCAAAGAAAACAGAAGGCACUCUGUGGAAGAGGCACUGAGAGCUGGUGUCAUCGGGCCUGAUGUGUACCUGAAGCUGCUGUCCGCCGAGCGCGCCGUCACCGGCUACACCGACCCCUACUCCGGGGAGCAGAUCUCGCUCUUCCAGGCCAUGCAGCGCGACCUCAUCGUCAGGGACCACGGCAUCCGCCUGCUGGAGGCCCAGAUCGCCACGGGCGGCGUCAUCGACCCGGUGCACAGCCACCGCGUGCCCGUGGAGGUGGCCUACCAGCGCGGCUACUUCGAUCAGAUGCUGGACUUGAUCCUGUUGGACCCCUCUGACGACACCAAGGGCUUCUUUGACCCCAACACCCACGAGAACCUCACCUACCUGCAGCUGCUGGAGCGCUGUGUGGAGGACCCUGAGACGGGCCUGCGCCUCCUGCCACUUAGCAGCACACGGCCUCAGCUGGUGGACGGCAGCUCCCAGAAGGACUUACAGAACCUGGUGCUUCCUGUGCAGUGUGGAAGGUUCCGGGGACAGAGGGUCUCAGCCUGGGACCUAAUCAACUCCGAGUACUUCAGUGAGACCUGGAGGAGGCAGCUGCUGCAGCGCUAUGGACAGCGCAAGGUCACACUGGAGCAGGUCAGGCAGCUGCUGCACAGAGAGUCAGGGAGGUGGGCAGACAUCACACUGCCAGCACUGCGGGGCCGGGUCACCAUCGGCCAGCUCCUGGAGGCUCAGAUCAUUGACCAGGACCUCCUGGAACAAGUUCUGGCAGGGGCAGUCAGCCCUGAUGCCCUCUUCCACAUGGCCAGCGUCCACAGGUACCUGCAGGGCUCGGGCUCAGUGGCUGGGGUGCUGCUGCAGCCCUCCCAACAGAGGCUCAGCCUUUACCAGGCCAUGAAGCAGAAGCUGCUGGCGCCUGGCGUGGCCCUGACCCUGCUGGAGGCCCAGGCAGCCACGGGGGCCAUCACAGACCCCAGCAGUCUGGAGACACUGUCCGUGGACGAGGCGGUGCGCAGGGGCGUGGUGGGGCCAGAGGUGUGCAGCAGGCUGCGGUGGGCCGAGGGUGCCGUCACUGGCUUCAGAGACCCCUUCUCGGGGAAGAGAGUGUCCCUGUUCCAGGCCAUGAAGAAGGGCCUGGUCCCAAUGGAGCAGGCUGCCCGGCUGCUGGAGGCCCAGGUGUCAACAGGAGGGGCCAUUGACCCCACAGGCCACCACCACCUCCCCUUGCCUGUGGCCAUCCAGCGGGGCUUCAUAGACCGAGAGAUGGAUGUGGCCUUGUCCAGCUCUCCCAAGACCUUCCCCACGCCAGACGGCCAGGGCUUCACCAGCUAUGCCCAGUUGCUGGAGAAGUGCCCCCGGGACCAGGCCUCUGGCCUCUAUCUCCUGCCUCUGGCAGAAGAUGCUCCUGCCAUUCCCACUGACACUCAGCUGCAGGACAUCCUGCAGGGCACACCAGGGAGUGAGGACGGCAAGUCCCUCUGGGACCUGCUCACCUCCUGCCACUUCACUGAGGAGCGGCGCAGAGGCCUCCUGGAGGACUUGCGGGUUGGGAAGGUCUCCGUGCCACAGCUGCAGGCCACYGUGUGCAGCUGUGUACAGGAGGCAGAGCUCCUGGCCCAGGCCCGUGUGACACUGCCAGGUCCCCGGGGUGAGGUUCCUGCCGUCUGGCUGCGGGACGCUGGCAUCAUCACCCAGGAGGCACUGGCCGCACUGGCUCAGGGCACAAAGUCGCCCUCUGAGGUGGCAGAGCAGCCGGCAGUGAGGGCGCACCUCUGGGGCACAGGCUGCGUGGCCGGGGUGCUGCUCCAGCCCUCUGGGACUAAAGUGAGCAUCGCCCAGGCCAUGAGGGAUGGCCUCCUGCCCACAGGCCUAGGACAGAGACUGCUGGAGGCCCAGGUGGCCUCUGGCUCCCUUGUUGACCCACUGACCAACCAAAGAUUAUCGGUAGAGGAUGCAGUGAAGGCCGGCCUGGUAGGCAGGGAGCUGAGUGAGCAGCUCAGCCAGGUCGAGAGGACUGUGGCCGGGUACACAGACCCCUACUCAGGGGGCUCCCUCUCUCUGUGGCAGGCCAUCGAGAAGGGGCUUGAGCCUGAGAGUGAGGGCCUCCCCCUCCUGCAGGUGCAGCUGGCCACAGGGGGCCUAUUAGACCCUGUUCAUGGGGUGCACCUGCCUCAGGCAGCGGCCUGCAGGCUUGGCCUCCUGGACGAGCAGACGAGCCGGGCACUGACCACCACCAAGGAGGACAACAAGUUCUUCUUUGACCCUAAUUCCCGGGUCAGGGUGACAUAUGGGCAGCUCAAGGAGCUCUGUGUGCUGGAUGCUGAUACCGGCUUGUGGCUGCUGCCACUCACUCAGGAUGCGGUGCUUGAGGUGGACGAGCACACCACAGUGGCUCUGAGGGCCAUGAAGGUGCCUGUCAGUAUGGGGAGGUUCCAAGGGCGCAUCGUGUCACUCUGGGACCUGCUACACUCCGAGUACAUCAGUGCUGACAAGAGGCGGGAGCUGGCAGCACUCUGCCGGUCUGGGCGAGCCACAGCCCUGCGGCAGGUGGUCAGUGCGGUCACUGCCCUAGUGGAGACUGCAGAGAAGCAGUCCCCACAGGCCACCUUUAGAGGGCUCCGGAAGCAGGUGUCAGCCAGGGACCUGUUCAGGUCUCAGCUGAUCAACAAGCAGACGCUAGAUGAGCUGACCCAGGGUAAGAAGACGGUGCAGGAGGUGACAGAGAUGGCCAGUGUGAGGCGGUCUCUGGAAGGAGGCAAUUUCAUUGCCGGAGUCCUCAUCCAGGGCACCAAGGAGAAGAUGAGCAUCCCAGAGGCCCUGAGAAGGCACAUCCUGCGGCCCGGCACGGCCCUGGUGCUGCUGGAGGCGCAGGCGGCCACGGGCUUCAUCAUAGACCCGGUGAAGAAUCAGAAGCUGACCGUGGAGCAGGCAUUCCAGGCAGGCAUGUUUGGCAGGGAAACUUACGGGAAGCUGCUGUCCGCCGAGCGCGCCGUCACCGGCUACACCGACCCCUACUCCGGGGAGCAGAUCUCGCUCUUCCAGGCCAUGCAGCGCGACCUCAUCGUCAGGGACCACGGCAUCCGCCUGCUGGAGGCCCAGAUCGCCACGGGCGGCGUCAUCGACCCGGUGCACAGCCACCGCGUGCCCGUGGAGGUGGCCUACCAGCGAGGCUACUUUGACGAGGAGAUGAGCCGCGUGCUGGCGGACCCGAGCGACGACACCAAGGGCUUCUUCGACCCCAACACCCACGAGAACCUCACCUACAUGCAGCUGCUGGAGCGCUGCGUGGAGGACCCCGAGACGGGCCUGUACAUGUUGCAAAUCGUAAAGAAAGGAGAACCCUAUGCCUACAUCGACGAGGCCACGAAGCAAGCUCUGCGGUCCACAACUGUGAACAUGCACGUGGGGAGGUUUGCCGGUCGGACUGUGUCUGUCUGGGACCUGCUCUCCUCGCAGUACUUCAGCGAGAAACGGAAAAGAGAGCUUGUGUGGGAGUACAGAGAGCAGAAGGUGGGACUAGAGGAACUGGUGGAGGUCAUCAGAACCACCAUCAAGGAAACAGAGGAGCAAAACCAAGACAUCAGAUUGGCAGCCAUCCACGGGGACACGACAGCCGCAGAACUGUUCAACUCUGGGGUCAUCGAUAAGGAGACCCUGGAUGCACUUCACAAGGAGGACAGUGGACACCAGGACCUGCAGCAGCUGGAGUGUGUGCGUGUGUGCCUGGAGGGCAGUGGCUGCAUUGCUGGGGUGACUGUACCCUCCACCCAGGAGGUCAUGGGCUUCCACGAGGCCUGCAGGAAGGAGCACAUCCCUGCGGGGUUCGCAGCCCAGAUGCUGGAGGCACAGGCAGCCACUGGGUUCAUGUGGGACCCUCGCACUCAUCAGAAGCUGCCAGUGGACGAGGCCCUGGCAGCUGGCCUGGUGGACGAGGAGCUUCGGGAACAGCUGCACAGGGCUGAGAAAGCCGCCAAGGGCCACAGAGACCCAGCCACCGGGGAGACCCUACCACUGUUCCAGGCCAUGAAAAAGAAGUUGGUCGGAAGGGAGGAGGCACUAAGGCUGCUGGAGGUGCAGGUGGCCACAGGGGGCAUUGUGGACCCACAGCACCACCACCGAAUCCCCCUGGACAUGGCCUGCAGGCGGGGCUGCCUAGAUGAGGAAACGAAAAUGCUCAUCUUGGAUCAGAAGCACAUGAGGAGAAGGUUCCUGGACCCCAACACGCAGGAGAAGGUCACAUACCAAGAGCUGCAGGACAGGUGCAAGAGGGACGAAAGGUCAGGAUGGGCCCUAUUCCCAGUGGUCAAGGACACAAAGGACUCAGAGUAUGUGGAUGAGGCCACCAAAAGGGCACUGGAAGCACAGCAGGUAGAAAUAACAGUGGGAAGGUACAGAGGCCAGCGGCCGUCAGUAUGGGAGCUCCUGAACUCAGAGUACGUGACUCGAGAGAAGAAGCUGGAGCUGGUCAAGGCCUACCGCCAGGACACUGCAGGAGCCCUGGAGAAAGUGGUACAAAAAAUUCUGCAAAUAAUUGCAGAAAAAGAAAAGAAGAGCAAACCAAUGUGGUUCAGGGGUUUCCGAAAGCAGAUCACAGCAGCCGAGCUGCACAGCUCAGGUAUCAUAAACAGACAGACCCUGGAGGAUCUGGAAGAGGGCCGACGGACAGUGCAGCAGGUACAAGCAGGGGAGGAUGUCCAGCGAUACCUGGGGGACACUAGCUGCAUCGCGGGCGUGCUGGUGCCCGCCAGGGGCGAGCCCGGCCGCCAGGAGAAGAUGAGCAUCUACGAGGCCAUGUGGAAGGGCGUGCUGCGGCCCGGCACGGCCCUGGUGCUGCUGGAGGCGCAGGCGGCCACCGGCUUCGUCAUCGACCCGGUGCACGACCGCAGGCUGUCUGUGGAGGAGGCCGUGGCCGCCGGCGUGGUGGGCGGCGAGAUCCGGGAGAAGCUGCUGUCCGCCGAGCGCGCCGUCACCGGCUACACCGACCCCUACUCCGGGGAGCAGAUCUCGCUCUUCCAGGCCAUGCAGCACCGCGUGCCCGUGGAGGUGGCCUACCAGCGAGGCUACUUUGACGAGGAGAUGAGCCGCGUGCUGGCGGACCCGAGCGACGACACCAAGGGCUUCUUCGACCCCAACACCCACGAGAACCUCACCUACAUGCAGCUGCUGCAACGGGCCACUGUGGACCCUGAAACUGACCCUGGGGGCAACCGGGAGCAAAGCUGA